UGCCGGCGUCUGUCCGGAGUAGUCGCGGCGAUCUCUAAACGACCCGCGGACCUCGCACAGUCCGCACCGCGCGCACGCCAGACCCAGUCACCCGUAACAUCGAGUAAUGUGUCCCUCCAGCCGCGCCAGUCAACUCCGUACCUCCCGCGUCUUCCUCCAACCCCAGUCCGCAGCAUCAUCGUAUACUCAACCCAAAUAAUCGCUGUACUCUCGCAAAUCAUCAAACCACCCAUAUUCCCCGUAGUGGAACCUUAAAAUAAAACUCUCGAAGCCCGAACGAGGUGUUAAUUUUGACCUGACAAGGUUUUUUUGUUUUUGUUUUUUUUCUGAGGAUUUUUGAAAGCGUCUUGUGGCCAGUGACCCACUUUUUUUUUAAUCAUUUUUCCGAGAUGUGCUGUCUCCGACGUUCCUGAUUCCUCCCCCCCGCCCAUCCGCGCAUCUGCACGCGAAUCAGUAUUCCGGUGUGAUCUGUGAAGUGAAGUGGAACGCUCGUCAAAAUGGAUGUAGAGUUCAGAGACCUGACUUUUAAGAUUCACAAAAAAUGGUACAAAAGAGAUAGUGUGGAUAGGACUAUUUUGAAAUCAGUGAGUGGCAAGUUUCGAGCUGGUGAGCUAUCCGCCAUCUUGGGGCCUUCCGGAGCCGGCAAAAGCAGUCUUCUGAACGCAAUUUCCGGCUUUACAUCGAAAGGUAUUUCCGGUUCACUAUUGGUAAACGGACAACAAAGGGACGAGAAACUUUUCCGGAAAUUAUCAUGCUACAUCACGCAAGAGGACAUGAUCCAACCUAUGCUCACGUUGCAGGAGGUGAUGAUGUUCGCCGCUGAAUUGAAACUCUCAGGGGAAACGACUCUAAAACACAAACUGCAAUUGGUGCACGAAAUCCAAUCCAUGCUGGGACUCCGAGAAUGCCGGAGGACGAGAACAGAAUACCUCUCUGGUGGUCAGAAAAAAAGACUUGUCGUAGCUUUGGAACUUAUUAACAACCCUCCAGUUAUAUUUUUAGACGAACCAACUAGUGGUUUAGACAAUGUAUCGACGUCACAGACAUUGAAGUUACUGAGGCUCCUAGCGCACCAAGGGCGGACCAUCGUCUGCACGAUCCACCAGCCGAGCGCGUCCCUCUUCCAGCUUUUCGACCACGUCUACGUUCUUGCCCAGGGUCUGUGUGUCUACCAGGGCGCCACUACCGAGCUAGUCCCUUUCUUGGCCUCCGCUGGGCUCCACUGUCCCACGCAUUACAACCCCGCCGAUUUUGUAAUCGAGAUGACGGACGGUGAAGAAGAGGACCACAUCACGCUCUUGGCGGCAGCAACCAACAAUGGCAAACUCAGCUGUUUUGCGAAAUCAAAACCCGAUAUUCCUGAUCUGGACAGCUCCAUAGCGCUACCAUUACCAGUGCCCCCUAUCCACACACAGUUACCGAAUUGGAAACCUCCAUCACCGGCACAAAGCGAGACGAGCUUCUCGAGCACCGACAGUAACUGUAUCAAUAACAAUAACAACAACAAUAACAACAACAACAAAUUAGUCAACGGGAUUCUAGCGACUUCGAUACUCAGCUAUCGGAAGAUCAGCGAGAAGCACGCUGAGUCGGAGAUGCACUCGAGUUGGUGCGUUGACUUCCCGACUUCUUCUUGGUCUCAGUUCUGCACCAUUUGGAAACGAAUGAUGCUUCAGACGUUUAGGAAUAAGGUUGGUCUUAAAAUUCAGUUUUACCACCAUCUCAUGUGUGGGCUGGCUGUAGGCAUAGUAUUCUGGAACAAAGCCAAUGACGGCGCAGAGUUUUUCAACCACAUGAAGUUUUGUAUGGGUGUCAUCCUUUUUCACACGUUCACUCAGUGUAUGGUUCCAGUUUUAGCUUUUCCGUUUGAAGUUAAGUUAUUAAAACGAGAGUACUUCAACCGCUGGUACAGUUUUAAGCCAUAUUACUUUGCACUGUCCAUGGCAAGGAUACCUACGAUAAUAAUGUUCAGUAUGAUAUUUUUAUCAUUGGUAUACUUUAUGUCGGGGUUACCGGUGGAGAUGUACCGAUUUUUCUUCUUCGCUUUGAUUGGAAUAGAGGUAUCUCUGGUGGCUGAAGGAAUGGGACUAUUCAUUGGCUCCGUAUUUAAUGUCACUAACGGGAGCGCGGUGGGUCCGCUGACGAUCGCGCCGUUCCUGGGGUUGGCGAUCUACGGGUUCGACUUCGCGAAGGAGAUCCACUGGGCGAUGAACGCUGUGAUGAAACUGAGCUUCCUCCGGUGCGGGGUCGUCGGGCUGGUCAUCGUCGUCUUCGGCAUGGGCCGGCAGCCCCUCCAGUGCGACCGCGAGAUGUACUGCCACUUCCGCAACCCCCGCACCAUGAUCUACUACCUGGACCUCGAGAACACCUCGCCGUGGGAGCAGGUCUUCUACCUCACCAUGAUGCUCUGCAUCUUCCGCAUCCUCGUCUACGUCGGUCUCAAACAGCGCCUCGACACUUGAGUUCUUCCAGCCCCACGAGACGAAGUUUCUAAGUCCGCGAUGAAUCGAAAUUUAUCGAGGGUCGAUUGAUGUAUCGAAGUGCGAUUUACCCAUUCUCGAAAACAUGUCACUUAUUUUUUGAAACACAAAGCUGAUAGACGUACGUCCGUCAUCCAUACGUCAAAAAUUCAGAAGGUGGUGGUGAGGUUGCCAUACUGAGAUUCGGUCGCGAUUUUUGGAGAUACUGCUUUUCGCAGUAGCUGAAUUCCUUGUUGCUUCACAGACGAAGGAACGUAACUUAAUUCCAGGUUGCAAAAUUGAUUUUAAAAAAUUUAGCUUCUUCAUGAAAGAUGUGACUGCGUAAUUUAUGUUCACAAUUUUCCUUCCUGUUUCCCAUGGCCAGAGAAGAUAUUGGUGAAAUUUUAGACAAAAAUGCAGUAUAAUUUCAUGAUUAAAAUAAAAUUUGCAAGUGAAAAUUUUGCAACGUCGAAUUGCAGUCACGUUCUUCCAUCUGGGAAACAACGAACUUCGCAACGAUCCUCAAUCAAGAUGCUUGCUGUGACGUUGAAAAAUGUAUUCCUCCGGUUGCCAGCCAUCAUUUUACUUUCUAGCCCCACUCCGUCUCUCCCAUGCAGUACGUUGCACUGAAAAAAUUCAAAUAUUGUGUUUUUUAAAAACAUCAAGGAAAAUAAUUUUUUCUUUCAGAAGAGAGAGGGAAGGAAAGAAACUUACACUGUAAUUAAUCCGUCUGAACUUAUUUUAUAGAGUACUUCUUAUAAUCCGGUGCAUAUUUUCCUUUUGGUAUAAAACACCAGUUGUUUCUUUUCGGUGUUCCGAUUUCUUAAAAAAAAACACUUUCCAUUGAAUCUAAGGGCGUUUCCCAAGCGCGCAAGUUCCUGAGGAAUGAUUUUCGUGAGGUGUCCUAAGAAGAAAUUGAUUUAAACAGCCUCCUAUACACAUUGAAUCGUCCAAGCUUCUGGGGUAAUUGUUAAUUAGUAUGACGAUAGGUUCGUAUAGUCCGUAGAUCAUUCUUAACGGACGAGUUGACACAAGUGACUAUUUGAAUUCAGUCUAGUUCCUCACGUAGAAUUCGAAUUUCUACUUAACCCUACCAACAAAUUGAACACUUUUACCUAUGAAACCGUAAAUGUUCGAUUUGCGAGACAAUGACUGCCAAUAAUAUUUGGUUAAGGUAAGCUGUCAUUAAGCACAUUCAAUAUUACUGAUAUGGUUCAUUCAGUCACCUGUCAUACGCAUGAUUUACACUUCAUCGUAUAGUUGUUUCAAAUUCAGUUAUGUUCGGUCCGAUUUGCAAUCGUGAUUCAAAGGAAAGCCUUUUAAAAAGUAUUAUUCCAGGAGAAUUUAGUUUGAAAAGGGCUCGUAUGUAAAUUUGCACACACAAUGCACGUAAACUAUAUCCCCGUUGUUUCUAUUGUGGUAUUUAAGGAAUGAAUGUGCGACUGAUUAAUUUUCUGAUGUCCCUUCUCUUAUUUUUUUAAAAAAAUUGUAGCCAUUCCAAUUUUUUUCUUAAUUUGUGAAAAAAAGUUGACCAAAACCCAACAUACUUUUUAGAUGCUGACUGUAAAGCAAUUGUAAUGCGAAUGAACAGUUGAAUUUUGAAAAUAAGAUAAUUUGAAUUUUGCAUUGCUCGCGUUUUGUUGGAGGCUGAUGCAUUCAUGUUUUAAAUUUAAUGAUUCCAGAGCAAAAGAAAUUGUUUUCGAUCAAAUAAAGUUUGAGAGAACUGUGUGCCCAUGAAAAAAUGUACAGAAACGAUUUUUCAAAGGCUAAAGCCUUUAAUUGUUACCAAAAUAGACUCGAUUUUAAUGUUAUGUAGGUAAGCCAUUUAAUUUCGUGCGAACUGUUGUAAAUACAUAUUUUUUAUUCUUUUAUAUCCUUA